AUGGCAGUUUGGAAAACCCUCAUUCCUCCUCAGCCUCCUGAAGUGGCUAGUCCUCGAAUGGAGAGCUCUAUUCGGAGUAUGUCCGGGUCACCUGGGCCUGCAGGUGCCAAACCUAAAUCUGAAAUCCACGUGUCUAUGGCCUCUCCGGUCACUGUGUCCAUGGAGACCGUAUCCAAUCAAAAUAAUGAUCAGCCUACCAUUGCUGUCCCUCCCACUGCCCAGCAGCCACCUCCAACCCUUCCAACCAUGAUUGCCGCAGCUAGUCCCCCAUCCCAGCCAGCCGUUGCUCUCUCAACCAUUCCUGGAGCUGUCCCCAUCACUCCACCCAUCACAACUAUUGCAGCUGCACCACUACCAACAGCCACUGUGAGUGGCAGCCUCUCCUCUGUCGUAGGCCCCCCUAUACCUGAGAUCAAAGUGAAAGAGGAAGUAGAGCCAAUGGACAUCAUGAGGCCAGUUUCCGCAGUUCCUCCACUGGCCACCAACACUGUGUCUCCAUCUCUCACAUUGCUGGCGAAUAACCUGUCCAUGCCUACAAGUGGCCUACCACCUGGUGCCUCCCCAAGGAAAAAGCCUCGGAAACAGCAGCACGUGAUCUCAACAGAAGAAGGGGAUAUGAUGGAGACGAACAGCACUGAUGACGAGAAGUCUACUGCCAAGAGUCUGCUGGUGAAGGCUGAGAAGCAGGAGUAUAUCUUCAAGCUUUCUUCUGGAGUGACCAGAAAGGUAGAAAGCUUUUAUUCGUGUGGUUGA